GAUAAAUGCAUAUCACCUCUGCAUUCCAUUCUCUUACUGUCUUUCAUAUAAGAAUAUAGUAGAACAGAAAAAAUGGCUCCGAUCGGGCUGACUGAUGUGGCUAUUACAGAUUUCGUAGUAAACCAACGUCACGGAGUAAAAGGUCUCGUCGACGUUAUAUCUCCAAAAACAUUGCCUUCAUGUUACAUCCAACUCCCAGAGAAACGAGUCACCACUGAAAAACUCAUUAUGGAAGCCGCAACAACCGGCAGAGGUUCGUUGUCUACACCGGUGAUUCCGGUCAUCGACGUUUCUGACUGGAAAGACCCUAGUGUUGCGGAGGAGAUCUGCGAGGCCGCUGCGACAUUAGGGUUUUUCCAGAUAGUGAACCAUGGAGUCUCGGUGGAUGAGCAGAACGAACUGAGAGCUGCUGGUCGUGGAUUUUUCGAUUUGCCGACGGAGGAGAAGAAACGGUAUUGGGAGGGAAGUUCAGUAUCGGACACCGCUUGGUACAUGACAAGUUUCAAUCCUAGCAAGGAGGCUAAGUUGGAGUGGAGGGACUAUCUCAAGUUUGAGUAUCUUUCCGAUCAAGUGGACUUCGCUGCCACGUGGCCUACUGUGUGCAGGAACGAGGUUGUAAAUCAUUCUAAUAGAAUGAAGCCAAUAGGUAGGAAGAUUCUUGAAAUACUAAUGAACAAUCUGAACGCAAGAGUGGAAGAACAAACCCUAAUGGGAACUUUGAGGAUGAACGUCAACUACUAUCCCGAGUGUCCCGACCCGAAACUUACAGUAGGAACCGGUUACCACUGCGACAUCAACACCCUCACGCUUCUUCUCCAGGACGACAUAUUAGGCAGCCUUUAUGCUCGAUACGGUGACAAGUGGCUCCAUAUCCCUCCGGUUAUGGGAGCCAUCGUGGUUAACAUUGGAGACAUGCUACAGAUCUUGAGCAAUGAUAGGUACAAGAGCGUGGAACAUCUUGUGAUGGCUAGUCGGUUCCUUAGCCGAAUUUCUUUUGCGUAUUAUUGCGGACCGAGUUAUGAUUCCGUUAUCGAACCGCUACGUGAGGUGCUAGAGAAAGGUGAGAAACCAUUGUACAAGGCCACGAUGUAUUCGGAUUACAUGAAAUAUUACUUUGCAAGACCGCAUACGGGUAGCAAAACUAUCGAAUCAAUCAAGCUUCCAUGAAAAAACAAGAUGGAUCAAGAAAAGAAAAAGUGACUUAUGAAGAAGUGGUGGUACAAGUCGGCAAUUUAAGCAAAAAAAAAAGAAAAAAAAAGCCGGCAAGCCUAAUAAGAUUAAGUCGAAAUCCAUGUCAAACUUUCAGUUUCUUCUUUUAUAAUUAUGUAUUUUCGGGAAAUAAUGGAGUGGUGUUCUGUUCCCGUGGUUUGUAGGGUCAGAGUAUAUCACUUCACUUUCUAUAUCAUGCAUUUGCUUCCAAGUUU